CCGGAGUCAGUUUGGGCCUGGAAUCGACAGCACUUCCUGUUCUUGUGAUAAGUAUAGCUAUUAUUUCUGCUUUUUGGCUGGGUCAAACCUCAGGGCUUGUGGACGAAACAGGAAGUCCAACUGGUGGGUUGUUUGGAACAGCUGUAGCAACAAUGGGAAUGCUCAGCACCGCGGCCUAUAUUCUAACCAUGGAUAUGUUUGGUCCGAUAGCUGAUAAUGCUGGCGGAAUUGUAGAGAUGAGUCAGCAGCCCGAGAGCGUGCGGGAGAUCACUGAUGUUCUUGAUGCUGUUGGGAACACUACAAAAGCUACCACCAAGGGUUUUGCCAUUGGAUCUGCAGCACUUGCUUCUUUUCUUCUGUUUAGUGCAUAUAUGGAUGAGGUUUCAUCUUUUGCACAUGAAUCUUUUAAACAGGUUGAUAUCGCCAUUCCUGAGGUUUUUGUUGGUGGAUUGUUGGGCUUCAUGCUUAUUUUCUUAUUUAGUGCAUGGGCCUGUGCUGCAGUUGGCCGAACUGCACAGGAGGUUGUUAGGGAAGUAAGAAGACAAUUUAUUGAGAGGCCUGGUAUCAUGGACUACAAGGAGAAACCAGAUUAUGGUCGCUGUGUUGCUAUUGUGGCAUCUGCAUCUUUGAGGGAGAUGAUAAAACCGGGUGCUUUGGCAAUAGUAUCACCAAUUGUAGUUGGUUUUCUAUUCCGAGUUUUGGGACACUACACAGGACAACCUCUCCUGGGAGCAAAAGUUGUGGCUGCUCUUUUGAUGUUUGCAACGGUUUCCGGUAUUUUAAUGGCUCUUUUUCUGAACACAGCUGGUGGUGCCUGGGAUAAUGCAAAGAAGUUUAUCGAGACCGGAGCUCUCGGUGGUAAAGGCAGUGAUGCUCACAAAGCAGCAGUAACUGGUGACACUGUGGGAGAUCCAUUCAAAGACACAGCUGGACCUUCACUUCAUGUGCUCAUAAAAAUGCUUGCUACCAUAACACUUGUAAUGGCACCUGUGUUUCUCUGAGACUUAUAUUUGCUUUAAUGUAUAUCAUGGGCACCCAUUACCUUUGAGUUAAGGUAUUUUUGCUCAUACAUAACAGAUUGAUAGAUAGAUAGAUAGGUAUUUUGAUGUAUG